UGCAAUCAACCCGCUUUUUAGUUCUUGUCAGUUUGUGCAAAUUGUGGUUGUAUGGUUUUGUAAGAGAACAAAUUUUAAAGGAUUUUUAUAAGAAGUUGUGUGCGUUAAUAUCUGUCUUGCCUUGUGAUCAGAUUUAUAUUUGAUAUGAUAACAGAUCACUAUGGAAGGAGGGAAUUCAAUGAGGUCUUUACAUCCUCUCGAGCUGUCAUCUUAGAAUAAAGUGCAAAGUUAGAUCGCAGGAUGACUGUCACACCGCGCGGUCCACCGCACGUUACACCGCCUAGACACCAACAUCAGCGACACCAGACGAGACCUAUCUUAACCAAGUGGCCUUAGUUAAUUAUUAAAGUGUAACUUUUGUACGCCAGUUUUACACCGACCUAUUAUAAUAUAAGGUGCGAAGUGUUAGUGUUUCUUUUUUUUUUGUGUGUGUGAGGGUUUAUGUGUGUCGAUGGUGCGGCCGACAUGGGAAAGUCCUCGGCGAGAACACAUGGCCAAGAGAAUGAACGGAGAAUUAAAGCGAACAACAGGGAGUACAACGCUCAGUUCCGAUAUGCCAACAACUAUAUAAAGACAUCAAAGUAUUCAAUAAUAACGUUCCUGCCAUUGAAUCUUCUGGAGCAGUUCCAGCGGUUAGCGAACUUCUACUUCCUCUGCCUGCUGGUUUUGCAACUGAUACCUGCCAUAUCAUCUCUGACGCCCAUCACGACCGCCAUACCUCUGAUAGGCGUGCUCGCGCUCACAGCCGUUAAGGACGCGUAUGACGACUUUCAACGUCAUCAGAACGACUCACAAGUGAACCACAGGCGAGCUAAGACAUUGAGGAACGGUAAGCUGGUUGAGGAGAAAUGGGCGUCAGUUCAAGUUGGAGACGUGAUCCGGCUGGAGAACGAUCAGUUCGUGGCGGCAGACAUCCUACUGCUCAGCAGUUCGGAGCCUAACGGACUCUGCUACAUCGAGACCGCUGAGUUGGACGGGGAGACGAAUUUAAAAUGUCGUCAGUGUCUUCUGGAGACGGCCGCCAUGGGUCAAGACGACGCUCAGCUGGGAGCGUUCGACGGCGAGAUCGUCUGCGAGACGCCUAACAACCUUCUAAAUAAAUUCGAAGGCACAUUGAGUUGGCGUGAACAGCACUUCUCCUUGGACAAUGAUAAGAUUCUGCUACGUGGCUGUGUACUGCGGAACACCUCGUGGUGCUACGGUGUGGUCGUGUUCGCCGGCAAAGACACCAAGCUCAUGCAGAACUCGGGGAAGACGAAGUUCAAGAGGACCAGCAUCGACCGACUGCUCAACUUUCUCAUUAUAGGGAUAGUGUUGUUCCUGUUGUCGAUGUGUGUGUUCUGUACGUGUGCGUGUGGUGUGUGGGAGUGGUUGGUGGGUCGAUACUUCCAGUCCUACCUGCCCUGGGACACUCUCGUACCAGCGGAGCCGGCGCCGGGAGCGCUAGUUAUAGCGCUCUUGGUAUUCUUCUCGUAUGCAAUAGUCAUGAACACUGUUGUGCCCAUAUCUUUAUACGUCUCCGUUGAGGUCAUAAGGUUUGCACAAAGUUUUCUUAUAAAUUGGGAUGAAAACAUGUAUUACGAAAAGACUGGAACAGCUGCUAAGGCGAGGACCACGACGCUGAACGAGGAACUGGGUCAGAUACAGUAUAUAUUCUCGGACAAGACGGGUACAUUGACACAGAACAUAAUGACCUUCAACAAGUGUUCCAUAGCCGGCGUGUGUUAUGGUGACGUAGUGGACGAGAACACCGGCGAGACCAUCGAACUGACAGACCGCAAGCGGAGCGGCGGGGGAGGAUCGCGGACGGCGGGCCCCCUCGGAGGCGCGGCGGGGGGCCCGGCGGGGGCCAGCGCCGGGGGCCCGGCUGGGGCGGGGGGGCCUCGCGCGCGGCUUCUGGACCUCGAGCACGAGCAGGGCCGCAGCACGCCCGGCGCCACGACUCGUCCACACAGCACUGAGCCGCUCGAUUUCUCCGACAACCCGGAGUACGAGCCGGAAUUCAAGUUCUUCGACUCGAAGCUGCUGAAGGCCGUCCGGCGCGGCGACCGACACGUGUUCGACUUCUUCAGACUGCUGGCCCUCUGUCACACCGUGAUGCCCGAACAGAAGAACGGAAGAUUGGAGUAUCAGGCACAAUCGCCGGACGAAUCGGCUCUGGUGUCAGCGGCGAGGAAUUUUGGUUUCGUGUUCAGAGAACGGUCGCCUAAUACAAUUACUAUAGAAGUUAUGGGUAAAACGGAGGUGUAUGAGUUGUUAUGUAUAUUAGAUUUUAAUAAUGUUAGGAAGAGAAUGUCCGUGAUAUUGAAGAAGGAUGGUGAAAUUAGGUUAUAUACAAAAGGUGCUGAUAAUGUUAUAUACGACAGAUUAAAACGGAACAGCCAGGAGGAGGUCAGAUUGAAGACGCAGGAGCAUUUAAAUAAAUUCGCCGGCGAGGGACUUCGUACUUUAGCGCUGGCGUGGCGUCCCCUGGAGGAGCGGGGCUUCGCGGAGUGGAAGAGAAGGCACCAGGCCGCCGCCCUCGCGCUCCGAGACAGGGACGAGAGACUCGACGCUAUAUACGAGGAGAUCGAAACCGACCUCAUGCUGCUCGGCGUGACAGCCAUAGAAGACAAGUUACAGGACGGAGUGCCGGAAACCAUAGCUAACCUGAGUAUGGCCGGCAUCAAGAUAUGGGUAUUGACUGGAGACAAGCAAGAGACGGCCAUCAACAUCGGUUACUCCUGCCAGCUGUUGACGGACGACAUGGCCGAGGUGUUCGUCAUCGACGGCGCCUCACACGACGACGUGGAACGCCAACUCGCCAAGUGCAGGGACUCUAUACACGUCGUCAGCACCUUCCUGCCGCACGGUUCGGAGCCGAAGAGUUGUAGCUCGGAAGCUAACGGCGGGGCCGUCCCUCGUCCGUCCCCUGGCAGAGCUGCCAACGUGAAGCUGAACGCGCCCGCCGUGUCCGUCGUCACUUUUAGGUGGGAACAAAACUUAGCACACAGUAAUGAGUACGCGUCCGGGGGUCCUUAUUCGACGGACGCCAGUGACCACAACGACGACACCAACGGGUUCGCUAUAGUUGUCAACGGACACUCGCUCGUCCACUGUCUACAUCCCAAGCUAGAGGAGAAAUUCUUGGACGUGGUACUGAAGUGUCGUUCCGUGAUCUGCUGUCGAGUAACUCCGUUACAGAAGGCAAUGGUGGUGGAGCUCAUAAAGAAGAGUCGGAAAGCUGUCACCCUCGCCAUAGGAGACGGCGCUAACGACGUGUCCAUGAUCAAAGCGGCACACAUUGGCGUGGGCAUAUCUGGCCAGGAGGGCAUGCAGGCUGUGCUGGCUUCGGACUAUUCGAUAGCUCAGUUCCGUUUCCUGCAGCGACUGCUUUUAGUCCACGGUCGAUGGUCUUACUACCGCAUGUGCAAGUUCCUGAGAUACUUCUUCUAUAAGAACUUUGCUUUCACCGUAUGCCAUUUCUGGUUCGCUUUCUUCUGUGGAUUCAGUGCUCAGACGGUGUUCGAUGAGAUGUUCAUCUCUGUGUACAACCUGUUCUACACGUCCCUGCCGGUGCUGGCUCUGGGUGUGUUCGAGCAGGACGUGUCCGACGCCACGUCCUUACAGUUCCCGAAGCUGUACGCGCCCGGACACACCAGUCAGCUCUUCAAUAAGACGGAAUUUAUAAAGUCCACUCUACACGGAUGUUUCACAUCGCUCGUGCUGUUCCUCAUACCCUACGGGACGUACAAGGAUGGUCUGGCGCCCGAUGGCAAGAUAUUAUCUGACCACAUGCUCUUAGGAAGCGUCGUGGCCACUAUAUUAAUCAUAGAUAACACUACACAAAUCGCCCUGGACACGACAUACUGGACCGUGUUCAAUCACAUCACCAUCUGGGGUUCCUUGGUGUCGUACUUCGUGCUGGACUACUUCUACAACUACGUGAUCGGUGGACCUUACGUGGGCUCUCUCACAGUCGCGCUCACACAGGCUACAUUCUGGUUCACGGCCGUGUUGACCAUGAUGAUCCUCAUGGUGCCGGUGGUGUCGUGGCGGCUGGCGUGCUCACGGCGGCGGCCCACGCUGGCGGAGAGACUCCGCGCUCGCACCCGCUGGCGUCGCGCCGCCGCCGCGCCCGCUCCGCGCACGCCGUCGGCACGUCGGGCGCGGCGCUCGGUGCGUUCCGGAUACGCGUUCGCUCACCAGGAGGGCUUUGGUCGACUCAUCACUUCCGGGAAGAUCAUGCGGCGUAUCCCGCACGCGGACGCCGCCCUUUCCGCGCUGGCCUCUCUGCCGGGCAAGUUCCACCCCCGCGCGAGCACGCCGCCGCCGUCUGUGUCGCCCUCGCCCUCCCCCCCCUCGCCGCCCUCGCCGCGCGCGCCCAAGCAGGAUCUCGACUCCGUGGACUUAUGAGCGGGGAGGACGAUGAUAUAAGGACGUCUGUGCGUUGUGUGAACGUGAUAACUGUUUGUAAAUAUUCUGUGGUUACAAACGACACGUAAUUUUUUUUGAUAGACGGCAUACUGUCGUCGCGACUCGUAUUGUGAUAAUGUUGAUAGAUUUAAAGAUUCGUAUUACAUAUAUUAUUGCCUAUAUUAAAUUAUAUUUGUUGAGAGUAUAUAUUGAUAGAUAUUUAUUAUGGUACGUGCUAAGAUUACUCUUUUAUAUCGGAAAAAGGUAGUUGACUUCGAAUGUUCCUUUGUAUGUGUAGAGGACGUAGUUCCGGUUACCGUAAGCACCGCCCAUCGAGUAUAGACGAUCAGUUCGGCUUUUGUAAGAUAUCGUGUGACGAUAGAAUUUUGUUACCGAAACCGUCGCUUAUUUUGUUCUUAUGAGGUAGAGCUAAAGUUUACUUUUUUAUUUUUUAUUUUUGUUUACUUCACAUGAGCUUAAUGUUUUUUAUGCUUUUUUAAUUAUUGUCGUCUGUGUCUAUGACUUUAGUGAAACGUGCAUUUAAAUUUGUCAAUAUAGUGAGCGGUUAAAAUAAACACAAAGAGGAGAUGUACCUAAUGACAAUUAUCAUUAACGAAUCGGUCAGCAGUUUAUAAUAUUAUUUUAAGUUUCAUUAACGUGAUAAGUAACAAAGUCUACUUCUCAGUCUGAGUCUGAACUCAUCAAUACAAUAAAUCAAUGCAAUGUUUAUAAUUUGAAUUAAUAGUGUUUUGGGUUAUUUUAACUGCAUACAUUAUCAUUAUACAUUUGCUUUGGUAUCCAAUUUUUAAUAAAAAAAAUUACUCUCUUACCAAA